AUGCUUGUCGAAAAUUGGAAGACGGUGUUCGCCGUCACUCUGCUGACAGGCAGCACAUCGGCGAUCAAUUUGGACAUUAACAGUGAAUCCUCGAUCAAAAACGCAGCUUCCGUGGUUGCUAAAAAUACGAUUUCGGAUUACAAUGACAGAAAUUCGAACAACAUCCCCGGAUAUGUGGCUACAAGCUGGGCAGAGGGUGGUGUAUUAUUCGAAUCUAUGAUCAGAUACUGGUAUUAUACUGGUGAUUCCUCCAACAACGAGCUGAUUAGUGACGGAAUGUAUUGGCAACGGGGAGAAGACGAUUACUUCCCAGCCAAUUACUCCUCAUAUCUGGGAAACGACGACCAGAUUAUGUGGGCUCUUGCUGCAAUGACGGGCGCUGAGCUAGGCUUCCCUCAACGAUCUUCAAUGCCUUCUUGGGCCACACUGGCGAAAAACGUGUUUGAUGAGCUCAUUGUCCGCUGGGAUGAUCAAAACUGCAACGGUGGCAUGCGUUGGCAGAUUUGGCCCUUCGAGGCUGGAUAUACGACCAAGAAUGCCAUUACAAACGGUGGAUUGUUUGAGCUCGCUGCUCGUCUAGCUCGGUACACCAAUAACCAGACAUACUCUGAUUGGGCCGAGAAAGUCUGGGAUUGGAGUAGUACUACGCCACUUCUAGAAACUGCAGACUGGAAAAUCGCAGACUCGACGACCUGCGAAACUAAAUGCACUGAUCAUGGGGACUGGCAUUGGUCUUGGAACUAUGGCGUGUAUAUGACAGGUGCGGCAUAUAUGUACAAUAUUACCGAUGGCAAAGGGAAGUGGAAGACUGGUCUUGAUGGUCUUCUGAAUAGCAGUUCUCAGUUCUUCCCUGAUCACGGGUAUAACAACGCUGAUGGCAAGGUCAUGGUCGAAAUUACGUGCGAAGCUGUCGAAACAUGCAAUAAAAUUCAACAGUAUAUGAAGGGCACGUUCCUACAGGACCUGGCAAUGAUUAGCGUUGUCGCUCCAUACACAUCUUCUGGAAUCCUGCCAUUGCUGAAAGGCACGGCGACCGCAGCCGCGCAGGGAUGCACUGGCGGCAAGGAUGACACUCGCUGCAGUGGUCGCUGGUAUAUAAAAGCAUAUGAUGGAGAUGAUAGUAUGGCGAAUCAGAUAUCCGCAUUGAGUCUGUUUACCUCCAACCUGGUCGCCUUCAACAGCAAUACCCCCUUUACCCAAUCUACAGCAUCGAAUACUACAACUGGCUCGGUGACAAGCAGUGGAAGCGAAAAUUCUACCAGCUCGGGGACUGUGACAGCCACAACUACUGGAAAUAAUGCUGCUAGUGUGCUGGUUGGUGCCCCUGUUAGUAUCACUGCUGCCAUGUUUUCUGCCCUUCUGCACUUCUUCUAG